AGAAGCAUUAGCGCUCUUGUUUUGUUCCAUGGUGAGCAUCUAACCUUAUUUUAAUAACCCUGACGUCUCCAGAUGUGGAGGCUAAACAAAGUUCGUCACAAAGCUGGUCGACAAGCUGACAGCUUGGAGGAGCUCCGGUUAAAGAGGCGACAGCAGGAGAAAGACCUGAGACAGGCCCGCAGAGACAGACAGCUUGUGAGCAAAAGACUCCUGCUGAAUGAAGAUGAGGACCAAUCAGAGGUCACCAUGGACGCUGACUCCGGAGCGCAGCAUGUGGUCACUUUGUUUCACAAACUUCAACACAGUGGGCCAGAGAAGGAGGUCCACCUGAAGGCUUUGAGUAAAGCUCUCCGUGACCCCUCAGCACAGCUCACCUUUAUCAAACAGGAGAACAGCAUGCACCUUCUGGUUGGUCUCCUCACUGGCUCUAAUGCGACAUGCCGUCUACAGGCUGUGCGUUGUCUUCAUGAGCUGUCUCACUCUCCACACACAAACAUAGCCCCAGCAUGUCUGCCGGCCACCCCCUACCUGCUCACCUACCUGUCCAACCAAAGCACCAAGUUCACUGAGCUGUGUCUUACACACUGG